GUAGCCACGGCGCGUGAGCGAAAUAUCACUGAGACAUCCCAGGAGGAGAUCCCCUCGUCGCCUACUGAAGUUGAAGACGAUGUCAUCGUUGAUAUUUGUGAAUUGGAAGAAGAAAGAGCUGAUGACGACGAUGAUGAUGAAUUCGAUGAUGAAGGCGAUACAGAAGUUU